AUGGUCAUAGAAAGUUUACGUAGAGGAUUCUCAACUACAGACCACAUCUACACACAAACUCAAAUAAGAGAAGAAAUAAAUGAAUAUAGGAAACCCCUGUGUAUAGUAAUCGGGAACACCAUCCCGCCAAAACUGUUUACAACUAGUCUUGAGGAUAUAUUCAAGAAGCUAGAAAGGAGUGGAAAGGGUUUCGAAAUUGGGGACGAGCGUCUAACCAAUCUAAGACUUGCAGGCAAGGUUGUUCUCUUCAGCGAGUCAGAAAAUGAGCUGAAACAAUUAUUACGCGAUCUGAAUAGAAAAAGUGUGAAAGUUGGACUUAAUAUGAUCAGGAAAGAGACUCGGGUCAUGUUCAACACAAGAAAACUUUUCAGUUUUGCAAAAGUGUUCGAAACCGUUGCUGAGCUUAAGUUUGGCUGCGGCAUCGCGACGGAAGGCAUUCUUCGCAUAGUCCACAAUGUUGAAGGGGAGGCCGUUGUUAUCUGCACCUGCUCUGUGUCGGGUUUUUAG